AUGUCAUCUGGCGGUGAUCGCAGAUUCGUCUUCGGUUCAACCACGAGUCCACAAUCUAGUGGCUUUGGUGGAUUUGGCACCAGUCUUCAACCGACUACACAACCCCCAGCCCAGUUUGGAUCCAGUUUCACGACCACGGGCCCUAGUCUGUUUGGCAAUGUUGGCGGUAGCACUGGCGGACUAGCGUCAUCUUCAGCAGGCAGAUUCGGGGCUUCUUCAACAAGCGGAUUUGGAACUCCUUCAACACAAGGAUUUGGAACUUCUUCAACACAAGGAUUUGGAACUCCUUCAACACAAGGAUUUGGAAUUCCUUCAACACAAGGAUUUGGAACUCCUUCAACAAGCGGAUUUGGGACUGCUUCGACAAGCGGAUUCGGGACUAUAUCAACACCGCUAUUCAAACAAGAUGCCUCAGGAACACCCGGGACUUUCGGCACUCCAGGCGCCUUUGGGUUUGGAAAGGCUCUGAAAGCUCCAACAAUCCCCAUGUCAAAUGGCACUGCUAUUCCUGCUUUCACUCCAACUGUACAGAGAGACGACGUAGGUUCAAACUGCAGGUAUCAGAGCAUUAGUUUCAUGCCUCCAUACUCCAACUUCUCGUUCGAGGAACUCAGAUUAGCAGACUACAAUGCUGGACGUCGGUAUGCUACGCCCGUAACAUCCCUAGGAGGAUUUGGCUCGAAUAUUUUUGGAGGAUUUGGUACGGGCUUCGGCACAGGCUUUGCUGCCCCAGCUACAACAACGUCCGCGACCUCUCUCUUUGGUACGACAGGUGCUACCUCCGCAGGUUUCGCUUCGAAACCUAGUCUGUUUGGCACUCCUCAGAGCACUGCCAGCCCUUUUGGCACUACAAGCUUUUCCAGUUCGCCGUCUCCAUUUAAAGGUCUCACGACUACUGCAACAACUUCAGGCCAGGGUCUGUUUGGAAGCACCGCUACAGCAAGUGCACCUGGCUUUGGCAGUUCGGGUGCCCCACAGCGAGUCUUUCAGCCUUUUGGCAGUGGAAUGGGAGGAUUCGGAACGUCAACAACACAGAAUCAACCAUCUGUCAGUGCCUUUGGAGGUGUGACCACAGGUGGCACGGGUACGCCAUUUCAAUUUCCGGCAAGUUCCGGUACCUCUCUCUUUGGAAAGUCUGCCUUCGGGGGAACUCAAGGAACAAGCGCACCUUCUGGAGGAGGUAUCUUUGGAGGUGUUGGAACUAGUGCGAGCAGUCUCGCUCCUGUAGGGACUGCACCAUCCUAUUCCCAACAACCAUGGGGCGGCUCCUUUGGAACAUCUCCCUGGGGUGUUUCUGGCGAGUCAACUACAACUGCGCCAGGUUCAUUCUUGCCAUUUGUGAGUCAAAGUACAGUUCAGCAACCAUUUGGUACCACGAAACUAUUCGGCGGACUUGGUGGUACUUCGCAAAUCAGCCAACCAGCUGCUCAGCCAAUGCCCGAUUUCAAGGUGUCGUCGCUAAACGACCCUAAUCCGUACGGUCAAUCGUCGCUGUGGACAGGACUACAUUUGAAGCCGUCGGACGGUUUUGAGCCGCUCUUUACUCCCCUAGCUGCUACUGAGAAGAUGAAAGAGAGUCAGUCGAAGCAACCCGCUGCCAAACCGCCUGCUAAGGCAUUUUACAUGACGCCUACCAGACGUGCCGGUCUGGGUGUUCGCCCAUUGGGCAUGACUGUCGAAAGCAAAGCUCCGCGACGUCAUUUUGCAGCUGAUGGUGAUACCGUCCUUCCUUUCAACUCAUUUGAUUCGUCCCGAAGACGAUGGUCUAGCGGAGACAUGCAGCGACUGACCAUAGACCCAAAUAUAAGACAAGAUCUGUUUCGUCGUCAAUCUUUAUCACCGGAGCCUCUGUCUCAGGUGAAACCAAAGGCGGCUUCUGUUACCUCUGAGACCGAUUCAGGGAAAGAAAAGCCGCUUACGGAACAAAUGGGUCCCAGGGAAGAAAUCAAAUCCACUGGAGUUUCGACCGAGCAACGACCCUACGAGUCAAAGAGUGAAAACGAAUCUGAAAUCGGCACGGGAUCAGACACAUCAGGCACUCGUGCUCCUAAGGGGGAAGUUGAAUUUAUUUCAGAAACUGGAGAUAGGUUGCUCGAUAUUGUCACCGAGGAUCGUGCGGCUGGUCAGUCGAGAGGAAAGAAAGCGGCCUCAGAACCUACACCUGACCUCCAUCCUGGGGAAUACUGGAUGAAGCCGAACCCAGACGAACUUCGCCAAAUGCCAGCUGACAAGCUUCAGCGGUUCACAGGAUUUGUCGUAGGUCGAAAAGGGUGUGGUCGAGUCACUUUCGACGGUCCUGUUGACCUUACCGCUUUACCAAUGGAUAACCUUUACGAUGAGAUUAUCAGAAUUCGACCGCGAUCAAUCACUGUAUACCCGGAUGAAAGUUCCAAGCCACCGCCUGGACAAGGCUUGAAUGUCCCUGCGACUCUUUGCAUUGAAAAUUCCUGGCCUCGUGCCGAAGGUAAACCAUCAGCGGCAGCAAUAAGUGGUCCCCACGUCGAAACCCAUAUCAACAGGCUCAAGGAAAUGAAGGGUACCCAAUUCAUCGGCUAUGAGGUGCCUACAGGCACUUGGACGUUCAAGGUUCCUCACUUCACUGACUACUACGAUCCGGAUUUGGUUGAACGGAAUGAGUUGCUCUAA